ACAUUGACAACAUAGCCGAAAUUAGUGCAAGCCACAAAGAACGGCGAGCUGUCUUUUGAGGGUAACGUGUAAACCUAAGAGUGCGAGUGGGUAGCUAAACAGUUAACCUACGGCAUCGCGAAUGCUAUGCGAAGUUACCUCCUGAUCGUUGCCGUAAUUCCGUAGGAGUCAGGGAUGGCACCGGUAUAGUCAGCUAUGCACAAAAUUGCCACUCCAUGAACGCAUUUAUGUGGUUUGCCGUUUCCCUGGAUGACUAAGUCCUCGGUAAAACGCAAGAGUUGUGUUCAUGGAAACAUCAGAGCCUACUGUGCUCAGCCCUGGAGGGGAGAAGAGGGCCUGCCCAGAGGAGGAGCUGGCCCAUCCCAUCAAGAGACCCCGUAUCCAGGGAAAGGAGGGAAAAAACGGAGGGGGUGGCUCACAGCUUUCCUUGGAUUUGGAGGAGAAUGAUAGGGAGGAAGAUGAGGAAGAGGAGUUGGUGGAAGGAGUGGAAGAGGAGGAGGGAGAUGGGGAGACGUUUGCUGACAUGAUGAAGCACGGCCUGACAGAACAGGAUGUGGGAAUCUUAAAAUUUGUCAGUGACCAUGAAGGCUUCUCUGGGAUCCUGAAGGAGAGGUACUCUGACUUCGUCGUGCAUGAGAUUAACAAAGAUGGGAUGGUUGUACGGCUUAAUGACCUGACGAUCCCGGCUGAGGAGCAGGAAGUGCCCCAAACAGAAUCAGAAGAGGUCCAGGUCCAGGUCCUUACAGAAGAACAGAAGAAACAGCUAGAGGAGCUUCAGCUUUUCAAGAACAAAGAGGCUAGCGUGCUGAUAGAGGUGAUGGAGGACACGAAAGAGAGGCGUACCCAGCUCCACAAAGCAGUGAAAACCCUGUUCCCAGGCCUGGAGACCAAGACAGAGGAGAGAGACGGACGCAAGUUCAUUGUCGCUUACCACGCCGCGGGAAAGACAGCCCUCGCAGCGGUCAGAACCGCGGCAGCCCCUAGGAAACACUCAUGGCCCAAGAGCCGGGGCAGUUUCUGUCACUGUGUGCUAUACAAGGAGAACAAGGACACCAUGGAUGCCAUCAAUGUGCUCUCAAAGUUCCUCAGAGUUAGACCAAAUGUGUUCUCCUACAUGGGCACCAAGGAUAAGAGAGCCAUAACUGUUCAGGAGAUUGCCGUUCUCAGGAUCAGUGCUGAACGGAUCGCCCACCUCAACAAGUGCCUGAUUAACUUCAAGCUGGGCAACUUCUCCUACAAGAAGCACCCUCUGAAACUGGGGGAGCUGCAGGGCAACCACUUCACCGUGGUGAUCAGGAACAUCUCAGGGACAGAUGAGCAGGUGCUACAAGCCAUGACCUCUCUCAGGAAUACUGGCUUCAUUAACUACUACGGUAUGCAGCGUUUUGGCACCACCGCUGUCCCCACCUACCAGGUGGGCAGGGCCAUCUUGCAGAACAACUGGACAGAAGUGAUGGAUCUGAUCCUGAAGCCACGUCCUGGAGCGGAAAAGGGCUACCUGGUGCGCUGCCGGGAGGAGUGGGCGAGGUCGCAGGACCCGGAGGAGGCGCUGAAGAAGCUGCCUGUGAAGCGCUGCGUGGAGGGCCAGCUGUUGCGGGGCUUGGCCAAGUAUGGCAAGAAGAACAUUGUCACGGCCUUUGGACUGAUCCCUCGCAACAACCGGCUGAUGUACAUCCACAGCUACCAGAGCUAUGUAUGGAACACGAUGGUGAGCCGGCGCGUGCAGGACUUCGGCCAGAAGGCUGUGAAGGGAGAUCUGGUGCUCAGAGGAGGGACAGCACAUGUCCUAUCUGAAGAAGAAGCUGAGAAACACACCAUCCAUGACGUGGUGAUGCCCCUGCCUGGGUUUGAUGUCAUUUACCCCACACACCAUAUUGGUCAGGCCUACAAAGACAUGCUGGCCUCUGAUGACCUGGACAUCAACAACAUGAGGCACAAGAUCCGAGAUUACUCACUAGCAGGGGCCUACCGACGCAUCCUCAUCCGACCCCGGGAUGUCAGCUGGGAGGUGAGUCAUUACGACGACCCCAGAAUCCCGCUGGUGCAUACAGAUGUGGAGAAGCUGGAGGGCAAACCUCCCCCUGUGUUCCCCAAAGAAGGGAAGUACAGGGCCCUCCGUAUGGAGUUCUCCCUUCCGUCCUCAACCUACGCCACCAUGGCCAUCAGGGAGGUGCUGAAGAUGGACACGAGUAUCAAAAACCAGACGCAGCUCAACACCACCUGGCUGAACUGAGACUGCACAGCUGCAAGGGGAUAUUCUGUGGGCUCUGGACUUUGUGUGCUGUUGUACAGGGUUGUGUGUGCUGUCCCCAGGGGAAUCUCAUAAGGGGAACAGGCUGCUCGUGUUCACACAGACCUUUUGCAGUUUUUUUUUUUUAAGUUUCAUUUAAUUGUAUUUUAAAGCUUGUCAGAAUUUAAUUCCAAGAUGAAUAGCUUCAGUAACUAGGGCAUUAAGUGAGUCUGAGGUCAUUGUCCUCACCCUUGGUGCUCUGAACAUUCUCUUGCAGAUGAAGGCUGGAGACGCUCCAGUGGUCCCCAGUAUCUUUAACUUUUGGCCAGGUUGUUAAAUUGCUAAGGAGCAUACUAUUAACCCUGCCGUUAAUAUGACCUGUAUGGCUUUGUUCCCCUAAAGUGACCUUUCUUAAAUAAAGCUGCCAUAUCACUGUA